UCCGUGUUAUUAAAUUGGUCUUCAUUUAUAGAAGUUGUACGUUCAUUCAUUCAUAAACUGAAAUUACAGUUACAAGUUCAAAAUAAAGGACUAUUACCCUCAUAAAUAGAAGAAAAAAAAUAUAAAACAAUCCCGUAAACAUCAUUUAUAAUUUUCUCGUUAAAAUUUAUAAUUUUCAUAAAGGGUGUUCAGUGCUUGCUUGUGCUAUUCUCGAUAAUAAUUACGAAAUAAUUAAUUAAUAGAUAACCAGCCAGACAAUUUAGCAAAAGAGAAAUACAGGAAUAAAAAAAAGACAAGAAAUUAUCUCCCCAAAAAUGUAUCUAAUUACAUUUCUAGCAAUAAUAAUCUUAAUAUCAAACAGUGCUUUUUGUUAUUUGUCUAAUGGAAAUGUGGAUGUGUCUGUGUUGCCAAGAAUGGUUAAUUUUCCACUUGACGAAACAGCAGAAUUUGAGGAAAAUGACAGAUCGGUGUAUGAUCCGGGAGUGGAGCGUAAUACUGAUCAAUCGAACGUGAAUAUACCCGAUUCACUGGAUCCGAAUUUACAAAAUUCGCAGCAAAUUUUCUCCUUUGAUAAUCGAUUAAACAGUAACAUUGAAGAAGAGGCUGUUCUAUUGAAUAAAUUGAAAGAGGACAUAAAAGAGGAAGAAGACAUUGCCGUAAAAUCAGCCCUUUUGCUGCAACUUUUAGAGAAAUCAACGAUGGGUAGUCCAUUACCACUUGUGUAUGUCGAAAAUCAGCCCACUGAAGCAAUCGAGAAUGAUACAUUAUAUCCUACAGAGAAACGGUCCGGGAGAUAUUAUCGGCGAUACCCUUGGAAGCGUCAAAAUAACAAACAUCGAGCAACUCAUUCCAGAUAUGAAGCAGAUGCCCGUUAUUUGUGUGUACCCAGUCGUGACGAGGUGUUUAAGCUACUAGUCGGCUUGCAUGAAAAUCGAAAUGGUAAUCACCAACGUACAGUUAACUUCUGCAAUCGCAAACGUCCAGCUAAGGCUAUUUUCACAAAUAUUCGGUUUUUGGGUUAGAAAAAUCUAUGGUGUUGCCGAAAAAAGACGACAAAGAACAUGAAAAGUCUGACAUUAAAGAACUUAAACAAAAACAAGAAAAAAAAAACUAUUUUAAAAGAAAGAAAA